GGCGUGCCAGAAGCGCGGCGCGUCGGGCGCCUGCCGCGUCCGCACCUGCGCCGCCACGCUCACCUUCCACGUCGUCAACUUCCGCUCCGACGUCGAGUUCGUGCUCUUCGCCGGCGGCUUCGGGACGCCGUGCGUCCUCAAGCGCUCCGGCGCGCUCCGGUUCGCGAACCCGGCCAGCCCGCUCUACGGCCACCUCUCCAGCACCGACUCCACGGCCACAUCGAUGAGGCUUACGUGGGUGAGCGGCGACGGGAGGCCGCAGCAGGUUCAGUACGGUGCCGGCAAGUCCGCUGCUUCUCAAAUCGCAACGUUCACGCAGAAGGAUAUGUGCAGUAUCCCCGGGUUACCAAGCCCUGCCAAGGAUUUUGGGUGGCAUGACCCUGGCUACAUCCACUCGGCCGUCAUGACCGGCCUCCAGCCUUCUCAGUUCUACAACUACCGUUACGGAAGUGAUUCUGUGGGUUGGAGUGGCACAAACAAAUUCAGAACUCCACCAGCCGCGGGUUCAGACGAGACAUCCUUCGUGAUCUAUGGUGAUAUGGGGAAGGCACCGUUGGACCCAUCAGUGGAACACUACAUUCAGCCUGGAUCAAUUUCUGUGGUCAAGGCCGUUGCUAAAGAAAUCGAAACUGGAAAGGUCGAUUCGAUCUUCCAUAUAGGCGACAUCAGCUAUGCUACAGGCUUCCUGGUUGAAUGGGACUUCUUCCUUCACCUCAUCAAUCCACUAGCUUCUCAAAUUUCGUACAUGACCGCUAUUGGUAAUCAUGAAAGGGAUUAUGCACAUUCUGGAUCUGUGUAUGUGACCCCAGAUUCAGGUGGAGAAUGCGGAGUCGCGUAUGAAUCCUAUUUCCGCAUGCCUGUUGUCAGUAAGGAUAAACCAUGGUAUUCAAUUGAGCAAGGGAGUGUUCACUUUGUUGUGAUGUCCACUGAGCAUGACUGGUCAGAGAAAUCGGAGCAGUACAAAUGGAUGAAUCAAGAUUUGUCGUCAGUAAAUAGAUCGAGGACACCAUGGGUAAUUUUCAUUGGGCACAGACCGAUGUAUUCCUCCCAUAUCGGCAUACCAGCCAAUGUGGAUCUUAUUUUUGUAACAUCUGUCGAGCCACUAUUGCUGAAGUACCAGGUGGAUUUGGUUUUCUUCGGCCAUGUACACAACUACGAGAGGACUUGUGCAUUAUAUAAGAACAAUUGCAAAGGCAUGCCAAAGAAGGACGCAAGUGGAAUUGAUACUUAUGACACCAGCAACUAUACCGCGCCAGUUCAUGCCAUUGUUGGAGCUGGAGGAUUCAGCUUGGACAAAUUCCCUAAGAUUGUGUUGAACAAGUGGAGCUCAUCCAGGGUUUCGGAGUUUGGAUAUGCCAGGGUGCGUGCUACAAGAACUGAUGUUUUGGUUCAGUUUGUAAACUCAGGUACAAUGGAAGUACGGGACCAGUUUAGAAUUGUGAAAUGAGCUCCAGCAAGGAAGCUACGAAGCUGUGGAUUAGCAUCUUUUUAUUUUUGAUAUGCCAUAAGUUGGCGCUGCAUUAUACAUCAGCGCACAGCGUGUAUUCUACAGUUGCUUGUAUUAUAAAUCUGUACAUCAAUAGUACACGUAUUUGUACGAAGUGUUUUGACUCCAUUUUCCUGUUGACUUCCGUGGCAUUCUGUAGCACCACCAGCAA